AAGAACGAGACAAUUUUCCUGAGUGAAGUUAUCAGUCGAGACCAAGAACAGCCUCAGAAUGGGAGAAGAUUCAGUGCAAGCAGAGCGGAGCAGCAUGAUCGGCACCCAUGAGAACCAGGAGCUGGUGGUGCCAAGCCCCAGCCCUACUCAGUCUUCACCCACCCAUAGCCUCUCCCAGCUGGGCACUGGCGCUAUCUACGCCUCUAGCGGAGAACCUAGUAGCCCUGGGGCUCUGGCUGGGGGCACCACAGGCACUCUACCUGGAGAUGGAGCUUCACCCACAGGCCAAGUGAAUGCCAUCACUGUCCUGACACUUCUAGAUAAGCUGGUGAACAUGCUGGACACAGUGCAAGAGAACCAGCACAAGAUGGAGAUGAGACAGGUCGAGAUGGAAGGGGCAGUGAGGGGCAUCCAGAAUGAUAUGACCAAGCUCUCCAAGAGUCACACUUCCACCUCAAACACGGUCAGCAAACUCCUGGAGAAGAGCCGCAAGGUCAGCGUCCACAUGAAAGAGGUCAAGGACAAGAUGGAUAAGCAGGCCGUCCAAGUGAAGAAAUUGGAGGCCAACCACGCUACCCUGAUCAAGAGGAACAACUUCAAAGUGCUCAUCUUUCAGGAGGAAAAUGAAAUCCCUUCAAGUGUCUUUGUGAAUGAACCUGCACCGUUACCUGAACUGGAAGAGGAAACCCCGGCCAUUGAUACCAACCGUUCUCAAGAGGAGGGCCUUCAGACCAUCGCUCUCUCCUCGGAUGAGGAGCAGGGACCAGAAGAGGAUGAGGAUGACAUUUUGAGGGUUUUGGAUCUCGAAGCUGAAACCAGAGUUGAAAAAUCUCGAGCUGAGAAGAUCAAGCGUUCCAGUCUGAAGAAAGUGGACAGCCUGAAGAAGGCUUUCUCCAGGCAGAACAUUGAGAAGAAGAUGAACAAGAUUGUGUCCCAAGAGAAGCGUGAUAAAAUCAAGAAAAGUCUGACACCGAACCACCAGAAGAGCCCUAGUGCAAAGAACACCUCUUUCAAGGUCUCUCCUCUAACCUUCAACAUCAAGAAGAACCGCAGUGGGGAAGGGGAACCGGAGACUGAGGACUCAGCUCAACCAGAGAGCUCGCCAAGUGCUAUUGCCUCCAUCGAACUGGCCCCUAUUGAGAGCCCAACUGAAGACCUGUCCUUCAAAGAGGUUCACUCCCAUCUUGCACCAGGACAGGAGGAAGUAAAGGCAGCUGUGGAGGCAAUGGAGAAAGAUGAGGUGCCCAGCAUCCUGAAUGGCACAGCUGAGGUUGAGCUGUCGAUCACAGAAGAUGUAAGUGAGGAGUAUGCUCUCUCUGCGACCCUGCCCCAGGACGCCUCCAAGAUAGUGGUGUCCCACAGUGCUUUACAGGAAGAGGAUGAAGAGGAAGGAGAGGAAGAAAAGGGAAAGGAAAGAGUGCAGAGUGAAGACAGCCCUCUAGCAGAGGGUGUUGCUGUAGGACAAGCAUCCUAAUGUCCUGACCCUCCAUUCCAGCCCUAGGACACCCUCCUAAGCUGAGAAAACACUCUCUCCCUUAUCAGUGCCAGCCAUCCCCAUCAAGAACCCAGACAUCUGGCCUGUCCUUGCAGAAAACAGACUUACAAUACAGUCCAUUCAAAGGCAAAAUUCAUGAACUAUAUGACAUUUGCUUAAAAA